AUGCGUCGCGCGUCGUCAUCGCGCGCGUCGUCGUCGUCGUCGUCGUCGUCGCUGUUCGAACUCGUCGACGCGUCGCGACGAGGCGUCGGUGUGGCGCCGAACGAUGACGCGCGACGAGACAUCGAGCGCGCGAUCGAUGCGUUGGCGUCGACGACGCGCGCGAAAGGCGACGACGCGCGCUCGAACAACGCCAAGUCGUACGCCAGGUGGGAGCUCGCGUACACGACGGAGAAGGAAACGCUGUGGUUGCUAGGGCUGAAGACGCGCUCGAAGACGCGAGCGUUUCAGACGCUUCGCGAAGACGCGAAGACGCUGUCGAAUGAAGUCGUGUUCAACGACGGGGAGGUGGUGUUUAAAGUCGACGCCGUCGUCGAAGAGUCGUCUCGCGCGACGAUGAAGUUUCGAUUCACGGCGGCUUCGUUGACGUUCAGGGACAAGUUUUCGAUUCCCAUUCCCCCGGUCGGCAGUGGAUGGUUCGAAAACGUGUACGUGGACGACGAGCGGCGCGUGUCGAGGGAUUCGCGCGGCGACACGCUGAUUUGCGUAAAAGUAAAGUAA